CCGAGCCCCACCUGUAAAGAACCAAACUCGGUCAGUGAAUAGUCCCGAUCAAGAUUCUUUCGAUUUCUGUCACGUCUGAUUUUCAUUACAGAUAUUUCAGGGGUGCAAGAGAUCCUGCGUUUGUAAAUCUGGUCUCGUGAGGGACGAACGUUCGAAAAGAUGCGUUCGCCCAUCGCAGUGCUCGAUGGAAAAGGAUCGCCGGCUUACAAUUUGACAAUCGGAAUUUUGAAGAUCGGAAGCGAGUCGCGCGAUAUCGGAUCUCGCUUAAUUUUCAGCAACAAAUCAACGAGUGAACGUGCAACGCUCUACGACGCUACAUUUUCACCUGUUGAACGCGUAUUUUCAAGUAAAACGAAUACAUUCUAGCUGUUGAAUAUUAAACAUAAGCAGUUCUCGAUCCCGUGUUUAUUGCGUCUGUAGCUAUAAAUGGCGCUGAAUCGACGACAAUGAACUUGAAACUGCGCCUUCGUAGAAACUGGAGGUAACUAGAGCACCGAGUGAAGCGAUAUCGUAUCUCAUUUAUAUAUGUAUACGCAUUUACACCUGACUCGCUGUACGUACGGUAUCGCUGCAAGGCUGAUGUCACGCAAAUAUUUGCCUGUAUAUCUAUGCAAACGUGUAAACGCUCGUGAAUAUUAUUCAUCCGAGGUGUCAUUGACGCGCGCGAAAUAGACGAGCGUAUAAUGAUCGUUAUUGCGUAUACAUGUAAAACUAGAAGAAGCUCGUAAGUGGUUUAUUUUUGGUUGGUGAGAUUUAAUCCGAUGACAUUUUAGAAUGCCUACGUUUCCCAUACAUAUUUGGUCUAAAUUAUACAGCUGUUAUACCGCAGACUAUUAUUUCCAAGCAACUUUUGCGUCGCAAAAAGAAUUAUCGUACCUUUUCCUCCGUGUCACGUGUGAAUUCAAAUACAAAUUUUUAGAUAGCGUUACCAUUAUUUCACGCCAACCAUUUUCUUCACGCCGUCAUCGAAAUGAACGUCAUUGAAUCAUUGUAGAAUAGAAAAAUUUCUGAAAUAGAUUUUUUCCUCCCAUAAUUUCAAUUCCGUAGAAAAAUAUCGCUCCAGUUUUACUUCCACACAAUUUCGAAUAUUACCAAUAAUUCCAAAAAUAGAACGACGCAGAUAAUGAAACAUCGUAAAAAAUUUAUCGCAAUUGAAAAAAUAUGUAAAUGAAAAACAGAAAAUAAAUAAACGAACAACAUUGCAAAUAUCAUGAUUUGAAUGCUAAAAACCAGAACUAUUCGUGAUAAUGCAUUGAAUUCAUUCGAGUUUUACAAUUACGAGAUAAAUAAGCGGGUACCAGGUUAUUCCUGGCCUAGAUUAGUCUUGCUUAAAUACCAAAUGCAACUCCCAUGGUUCGGCACAAUAAGUGGCGACACAAAGAUUUCCAACAUGUUGCGAUUUACUUUGACAGUGUUCCUACUCAUUUCUCUGACGUACGCCGCAGUACCAGCAGGCGGAAGACCUCCGCGCUGUGCUCCUGGAGAAAUAUAUUCGGAAUGUGCACCGUGUGACAAGAGCUGUGAUAAUCUUGAUCCAGCUUGCACCAAACAAUGCCGAAUCGGAUGCUACUGCAGAGAGGGCUACGUCCGAAAUUACAACAAACAAUGCAUACCACAGUACAUGUGCUGAUUCGAAGCAUCGUUCCAAUUUCUUUACGCCAGUCCGAUUGGCCGAUAAAAAUAUGAAAUAACAACGCAAUAAAGAGAAAUCAUGAAAAGAAAAAA